GCCCCUGCACCCCAUGAGUGGCCUGCAUUGCUCGGUUCUAUUUUAUGGCCAGUUAGACCCAUUACUCGGCUCCGCUGGGGCUGGCCGUCUGAGAUCACACCAGAGUGGGGUGGGGGUCCUAAGCCCUCUUUGGAAUGCAGGCUGUUUGGUCUUGAGUAAGCAAAACUGCAAAUACUGCGAUGGCGGUGAUACACAGGAUGGAGGAAGAGUGGCUAGGUCUCACAGCGGUCUCAUGGGACGUGUCCCCGGAACAUUCCCAGCUCGGUUCUUGCUUCCCAGCGCCCUGGCGCCGGCACCUUUGCUCCCUUUGCCCUCCCUGAAUGUGGCGUCUUAGCUGGCGCCCACCCUCCAUGCCGAGAGCUUGACUGCGGCUUUCUCUCCUCUUGGGUUUUGCCUGACGUGGGUGAUCCAGUUCAGCCCAGAGGGUUCUGUGUUCCGCAUAGUUUGAAAGCCACGCGUUGGUCAGGCGCGCUGCCUUGGAGGCCGUGUAUUUGCAAUGAAAGGUUGAGGCAUAAAACCCUUGGCUUGACAGCGGCACUGAGGAGAAUGUCGAGCAGAGAACAAAUACCAGAACCAAGCAGCCGUCGUGGGCCCUAAAGCCCAGCAUGGUGGUGGAAGGCGCGUCCCUUCUCGAGCUCCGCCGACUCGGGACAGCAGCCUCUGGAAGCCAAGUCUCAGCCGCCACUCGGCUCAGCCGCACGGUAAACAAACGUGAUGGGCGCAGUGGCCUGAAGCGCCUGCUCGCCAGCAAGUGGAGAGAUACAUUUUUUUACCAAAGUUGCAGUUUCUGAAGGAAAAGAGAGUGGGGCAUGGUCGAGACCCCGGAGCACUUCAGGAGCCGGUGGCGGUCCAUCAGGGUCUUGUACCUGACCAUGUUCCUCAGCAGUGUAGGGUUUUCCAUCGUGAUCAUGUCCAUAUGGCCGUAUCUCCAGAAGAUUGACCGGACAGCCGACGCGGGCUUCCUGGGCUGGGUGAUUGCUUCCUUCAGUCUUGGCCAGAUGGUGGCUUCGCCUCUAUUUGGUCUGUGGUCGAAUCACAGGCCGAGGAGAGAGCCUCUCACGGUCUCCAUCAUCAUCGCGGUGGCGGCCAACUGCCUCUACGCCUACGUGCACCUGCCCACGUCGCACAACAAGUACUACAUGCUGGCGGCCCGCGCGCUGGUGGGCUUCGGCGCAGGCAACGUCGCCGUGGUCCGCUCCUACAUUGCCGGCGCCACUUCCCUGCAGGAACGGACCAGCUCCAUGGCCAACACCAGCGCAUGCCAGGCGCUGGGCUUCAUCCUGGGCCCAGUUUUCCAGACUUGCUUCGCGCUCAUCGGAGAGAGAGGCGUGACCUGGGACGCCAUCAAGCUGCAGAUAAACAUGUAUACAGCCCCGGUUUUGCUCAGUGCCUUCCUGGGAGUUAUAAAUAUUAUUCUGAUCCUUACUGUAUUAAGAGAGCACCGAGUGGAUGAAUCAGGACGACAGUAUAAGAGCAUUAACUCUGAAGAAGGUGCCGACGUGGCCAGUGCCCGCGGGGGCCCUGACCAUCUCGCCGUCGUGGCCACCAACGUCCUGUUCUUCGUGGUUCUCUUCAUAUUCGCCCUCUUCGAGACCAUCCUCACCCCGCUGACGAUGGACAUGUUCGCCUGGACGCGGGAGCAGGCCGUGCUGUAUGACGGGAUCACGCUGGCCGCCCUGGGCGUCGAGGCAGUGAUCGUGUUCCUGGGGGUCAGAUUUCUUUCCAAAAAGGUGGGCGAGCGCGCGAUCCUGCUGGGCGGACUGGCCACCAUCUGGGCCGGCUUCUUCGUCUUGUUGCCCUGGGGGCAUCGGCUCCCCCGGAUCCAGUGGCAAGAUUUGCAUAACAACACUGUCCCCAACACCACGUUCGGGGAGGUUGUCCUCCCUCUCUGGAAGGCUCCCAGGGAAGACCACAGCGAGGAGCCCACGGGGUGCCCGAUCCAGCAGGCCUGGUGCCUCUACACCCCCGCGGUCCACCUGGCCCAGUUCCUGGCCUCGGUGCUGCUCGUGGGGAUGGGCUACCCGGCCUGCAAUGUGAUGUCCUACUCGCUGUACUCCAAGAUCCUGGGACCAGAGCCGCAGGCGGGGGGCGCCGCAGGAACCGCCCAGCUGAGGUGCCCCCACACACGCAGCUGUCAGGCCUGGCCGCACCUGAGCACCAGCGCGGGCCCGCCAAGGACCAGCAGGAUGAACAGAGAGCACCCCAGGACUUCCUCCCUGAGGAGAGUGACCCCACUCCUGUAACGGGGUGCGGGAGGGUCUGGGGUGAGGGGGCCCCGAGCCCAGCAGCCCCUCCUCGCAGGCGGACACGGGUGGGCGGUACGGCCUUUCUAGGGGUCUGCACCGUGCUCGCCUGGCUGGAGGCUGCUUUUGUUUAAAGACACCCCCUUGCCUUUUAUUUUAAUUUGCAAUUUAUGAUCAUGUUUCCUCAUGAAAUGGAAAGUUCCCAUCAGCCCCCUUGGCCCAGCCCAGCCCAGCCCUGACUCCAGCCCGGUGCCCCCAAGACCCGGGGCCCCAGGCAGUGCGAGUACCAGGACUGGGGCCGAGAUGACUACGCGGGUUUGCUGCUCUCGGGCCCCUCUCCUGGGGGGUCGCCGACCUCACUUGCAGGUGCCAGGAAGGGUCCACCCCGACACCCGUGGCCGCUGCUCGUUACCGCGGUCCGCGGUUUUUGGUCCUUCGACGCGGGAGGCAAACCAGCGCGAGGAGCCGCCGCCCAGGAGGGAGGCCCGCCCGGGCUGUGCCCGCUUGGC